UCUGUCUGUCUAUCAUUUUAUCAGAUAUUGUUGUGUGCUAUGUCCUACCCAAUUGUUGCGUUGCCACCAAAAUCAAGCUAUACAAACUUUCACUGACCAUAUGUGUGUGUUUGAGAAAUACAUAUCAUAAGUCAUUAUUUCAACAGAGGUGUGUGUAUUUCACAGCACUCAUUAGAACAUAAUGAGAACACACUGAGCUCAACGUGAUGCUCUCUCUAUAACUUCAUCCACUGGUGUUGGUACUCUGUUACAUUAUGAAAAUCAAUGGUUAAUGCAUUAAAUGAUAUAUUUAGUAUGUGUUAUUUUAUUUUUUGUACUGUUAAAAAUAGUCUCACUACUACUCUUGCCUUCUCAGAGAAAACACCCCUGGUCUGUAUGUAGCUUGACCAGGCUAAACUGUGAGUAAUCUUCCAUGCCCUCAAAUUACUUGAAUGCAUUACGUUUCAUAGUUAGAAACAUUUAAGAAGUCAUCCUGUCAAACCCGUUCUCAUUCACGUUUUUUUAAGCCCUGCCCUAAUAGUAAAAGCUAGAAACUUGCCUGAAUUCAAAGCUAAGUUCAUACUGAACACUACGCACUCAGAUGAGACACAAUUACUGCAGGUGUUUUCAGAGCAGAGACGGGCAUAAACAAGACUGACACUUACAAACUGCAAAGGACUAAAAACAAUAUGCCUGUGGAAACAAUAUCAAUCAGGAAUCGCUCUGCCAUUGGCCGCUUCCCAGCCGGUACUCUUCCGCUGGAGGAUCCGGAGAAGGUGAAGCUAGAGAAGUCGGAGACAAAGUGGUCAUGUGGCACAUGGUUCCGCAAGUGCUGCCUCCGCUGCUGCUGCUGCCGCCGCAAAACAACAGAUGCUAGCAUCACAGAUGGAGCCACAGAAACCACUGAGAUGCCAGAGACAGGUACCUUAUUAGAAGCGCGUUCUGUAAACCUUCUCAAAUCCAACAACGAACAGAACCGACUGGAGCAUCAUACAGAUCGCUACCGCAGCGAAAACCUCAUUAUCCGCAGAGGCCAGACCUUUCAGAUGUUGAUUGAGCUCUCGCGACCUUUCAACUCCAAGACAGAUAAACUUCACUUAGAUUUGAAACUAGGUAAUCUCCCAGAUGUGUCCAAAGGCACACAUGUGAUUGUUCCUUUGGUAGAGGAUCUCCAGGAUAACUGCUGGGAGGCCAAGAUAGUUGAACAGAAAGGCAGAAAUAUCAAACUGUCUGUCAACUCUCACCCAGCUGCACCUAUUGGCAAAUACAGGCUCAGUGUUGCGACACGUUCCCCAACGGGCGAGGCCAUGUCACCGUACAGUCCCGACAAUGACAUCUACAUGCUGUUCAACCCCUGGUGUGAAGGUGACUCUGUGUACAUGGAUAAUGAGGAAGAGAGGAAAGAGUAUGUUUUAAAUGACAUGGGAAUAAUCUAUUACGGAACUGACAGCCAGAUCGGAGACAGGCCGUGGAAUUUUGGCCAGUUUGAUAAGAACAUCCUUCCCGCAUGUCUGUUUUUGCUGGAGCGCAGUGGUGCGCCAGCAUCAGGAUGGGGGGAUCCUGUCAACGUGGUCAGGCUUUUGUCUGCAAUGAUUAACGCUCCUGAUGACAACGGUGUGUUGAUAGGCAACUGGUCAGGUACGUACGAUAAUGGCAUGGCUCCCACGUUCUGGAGCGGCAGCAGUGACAUCCUGAGACAGUACUAUGAAAAUGGAGGAACACCGGUCAGAUACGGACAGUGCUGGGUUUUCUCUGGGGUCACCACCUCAGUGAUGAGGUGUUUAGGGAUUCCCACCCGGAGCAUUACAAACUUUGAGUCUGCUCAUGACACAGAUGUUUCCUUGACAACAGAUGUGUAUUUGGAUGAGAAUUAUGAGCCGAUUGAGGAGCUUAAUCGAGAUUCUGUCUGGAACUUCCAUGUGUGGAAUGACUGCUGGAUGGCCCGUCCAGAUCUACCCGCGGGUAUGGGGGGGUGGCAAGUAGUAGAUGCCACCCCUCAAGAGACCAGUCAGGGCGUUUUUCGCUGUGGUCCCGCUUCUGUCGCAGCUGUCCGGAAUGGACAAGUUUACCUCAAGCAUGACACACCGUUUGUAUUUGCAGAGGUGAACAGUGAUAAAAUCUACUGGCAGCGGACUGCUGAUGGCACCUUCACUCCCGUCCAUAUUAAGAAGAAAGCAGUCGGUCUCUGCAUCAGCACUAAAGCAGUUGGCUCUGAUACACGCGAGGACAUCACACACCUCUACAAACACCCAGAAGAUUCAGAGGAAGAGCGCAUUGCUGUGGAAACAGCCUGUCAGUAUGGCUCUAAAUCAGGUAUCUACGAUGUCUCCAGUGCUGAUGACGUCACCAUCCAGAUCACCAUGGAUGGAGAAGAACCUCAGCUUGGUGCAGAAGCUAAACUGGCCAUCACGGUAAAGAACACAAGUGCAGAACAGCGCACUUUCAGUCUCCUCGGCCAGGUGGCUGUUAUGUACUAUACUGGAGUGUAUAAAGCUACAGUGAAGAAAGACCAGAUACCAAUUGAUCUCCAACCCAAUGAAGUUGAGACUGUGGAGUGGUGUCUGCCCUAUGAUCACUAUAAAGACAAGCUGGUGGACCAGGCCAUGCUGAUGCUCACACUCACUGGACGGGUCACACAGACCAAACAGGUUCUGGCUACCCAGUUUCGCUUCAGACUGCGCACACCAGACCUAGUCAUCAAAACUGAUGGGGAUGCUGUAGUUGGCAAAGAGUUGAAAGCUACGAUCGUUUUCCAGAAUCCACUUCAGCGCACACUGAAGAAUGUGAAGUUUCGCUUUGAAGGUCUGGGAUUGCAGAGGGUCAGGGAGGUUUCCUAUGGAAAUAUAGAACGCUUGGCCACGGUGACUCUGACGGAGAAGUUUGUUCCUUUGGAGGCUGGGCCACAGAAACUUCUAGCUUCACUUGACUGCCGUCAGCUAUCUCUGGUGCAUGGAGUCGCCAACAUUGUUGUCAAAGCAAAUUGAAUAAUCUCUACAAGAGGACAAAGUUGCACUGCACUGGAACUUCAGUGGCUCUGAAUUUCAUUUGGAAGAUCUCCAUCCAGGACUUUCUUUUCUAGUCAUGUCUGAAGACUUGCUUUGUUCUAGAAAAUGCAAGAAAAGAGUAUUUUUGCUCCAAAAUUUCAAGGCAUUACAUAAUACUUGAAACAUAUGAGACCCAAAACAGCUGAAUUUUGAAUAGUGUAGUACAAUAACCUUCUGUUCAUGUUUUAAAUGGCUUAAAGGUGCUAAAGAGGAUGUUUUGUUUUAUACAUUUUUGCAAUAUUACUUGAAACUGUCUUUACUAACUGAUAAAAGACUAUUUAUUAGGUGCACUGAAAGGAAUAAUAUUAAUAUACAU